CAACCAUGACGUUUCUGGAAGAAAGAGAUUUAGAAGAUGUACCGAACAUUCAGGACUACUACAAACGCAAGACGAUUUUCAUGACUGGCGGUUCCGGUUUUAUGGGAAAAGUCUUAAUCGAAAAGUUACUUUACUCUUGCACUGAUUUGGACAGAAUCUACUUACUUCUCAGAAGCAAGAAAGGACUGAAACCAGAAGAAAGAUUGGCACAAUUAUAUAGUUCUCAAUGUUUCGAUCGUCUGCGUAAAGAAAAACCAGGUGUCUUCGAGUCCAAAGUUUAUUUUAUUGCCGGUGACGUCAACGAAAUCGGAUUAGGUAUUACUGAUGAAGACAGGACUCUGAUUGUAAACAGAACUCAUAUAAUAUUUCACGUAGCAGCUAGUGUGAGAUUUGACGAACCUCUCAAAGUAGCUGCACAGUUGAAUCUUCGAGGUACAAAAGAAGUUAUUGAACUAGCUAAAGAUGUUCGGAAUCUAGAGGUUUUAAUCCACGUAUCUACGGGUUAUUCCAACACAAAUCGAAACCCCAUCGAGGAAGUAAUGUACCCGCCACACGCGGACUGGCGAAAGACACUACAAAUAUGUGAAGAACUCGAUGAUCAUACAUUGAAGGUGUUGACCCCUAAAUAUUUAGGCGAGCUACCAAACACAUACGUGUUCACGAAACAGUUAGCAGAGCACGUCGUUUACGAGCAUAAAGGAAAGUUACCGAUUGUCAUCGUUAGACCGUCUAUAGUGAUAUCAAGUCAUUUAGAGCCACAACCUGGAUGGAUAGAAAAUUUCAAUGGACCAGUUGGAAUGUUUAUCGCAUGCGGAAAAGGUAUACUUCGCACAAUACAUUCAAGUCCCGAUAUCGUUUCGGAUUACAUACCAGUUGAUAUCGCUAUCAAGGCGUGUAUCGCUGCAUCUUGGAUACGGGGUACAAAAAAACUUGAAUCUACUGAUGAUAUUCCCAUUUAUAACAUUUGCGCCGGCGAUCUAAAUAAUAUGAGCGUGAAUGAAAUAUUAAAAUUAGGAAAGGAUUUUGUCCUCACAAUCCCGCUAAAGGACAUGUUGUGGACUUAUGGUGGAACUCUUACUACUUCAUUAUUCAUGUUCAAUCUUAAGGUGUUAUUUCAACAUGUUCUACCGGCGAUUUUCGUUGAUUUAAUUCUUUGGAUAUUGGGAAAGAAACCGAUGUUGGUCAAGAUCCAACGUCGCAUUUACGUAGCGAACAUCGCUCUUCGUUACUAUUUAACUCAGCAAUGGACGUUCUGUAAUAAGAAUUUCAUCGCACUCCGGUCAAAGAUCAAGAAAGCGGAUCAACCAGCCUUCUAUUAUGAAAUAGAAAAUGUGGAUAAGACCGAAUUCUUCAGACAGGCUGCUAUAGCUGGUAGGAAGAUUUUGUUGAAAGAAAAGGACGAGGAUCUACCAAAGGCACGAGCUCAUUAUAAAAGGCUGGUGAUUCUGGAGAAGAUUUUGCAAUUUAUUUUCUACGGACUCUUAAUCUGGUGGUUGAUUAAUACAGAGUAUUUUAAAAAUACUGUUAAAACAUUAGGUUACUAAAAAUAUUGUAUUUUAUAAUUAACGUGUAACCUUCUUGUU